AUGUAUCGCCAUGUAUCUAGCUCUGGUCCCGGAGUAACCUCGUCUCUUCUGGCGUCACCGCUCUCGCCUCCCCAUUACCCUUCUUACCCGAGCUGUAAUUCCAACCACUACACGUUCCUAGACGCUAGUCCUCCCCUUCACCUUACUUCAUCUCCGUUUCCCCUCGUUGGCUUGUUGGGUAUCGACCAAGAACCCAUUCUAUCCGCCACGGAUUCGACUUCAGCAACCGUCACCGUGCCUCCAGACGCGCAUCAGCUCGACUUGGAUCGAGCCGCAUCCGUCGAGAUGGCACCACGCCUUGCCGCCCCGGUGUUGACAGUGGAUGCCGCGAAGAUCCACAAGGUGGACACGCGGAAUGCAGAGAAUCUAUUCAGCAUGUGGACUGUCUUCUCAAAGUGUGCCGAUUCCAUGGAAGAAGGCCGACGGCUAGAGAAUCUUAGCUGGAGAUUGUGGAAUCGAGAAACCUUCUGCUGCGAGCCCGAAAGCGUCGCCCAGCCAUCAACUUCGCCCAUGGCAGUAUCGCACCGACUGGCCGUCGCUCACGAAUCAGAAGAUGUUCCUGAACUUUCAGGCAGUGUCGACUCCGCCGCCUCGGACGAUUGCAUGCAGUCCAACAAGAACAAGUCCGCUCCCCUCGACAUUCAACGACCAAAGCCGGUAUCUCGGGACUCUGAUCGAAGCAGAGGGCGUGAGAGGCACAUCACCUCGCUUGACCUUGAAAAGAUGGUCAUGAACAUUAAGGAGAAGAAGGAACUCGAACCCCUCGAGCCCUUUUCCGUUCGUCCUGCUCCACUACGGGCAACCAGUUCUGCUGUAAUUCAACGCCCGUCCUCCCCCCGCCCCUCAGUCGCCCGUGCCGCUACCGCCCCUCAGCACUCCACUGUGAGCCAGGAGAAGCAGAAGCAAAAGGCUGCAGAUAUCGACUCGGAAGAUGACGACAACACCGGCUCUCAGAGCAUUAGCACCCACAGCAUUGUCCGUGGUUUCUCGCCCGGUCAAAUUUCUUCCUCAGUUCGCUCUCAACCCCAGCUGCAGCCCCAGUCUAUUGUUCCUGCCCGACCACCGACCCCUUUCAAGGUUGAGCAGAAGAAGAAGGGUGGCAUGUUUAUGCUUGGUGCAUCGUCUGGAGAGGAGGAGAGCUCACUCGAGGAGCACAUGUCGCAACCUCCCCACCGUAGCUCGCUCUCCGACGGUCUGCGAAAGCCUGGCUCGAAGAAGAAGCAGACUUCAUUCAAGGAAGAAGUUGCUACUCGCACCAUUCUCGAGCGUGCUGCCGAAGAUGAGGACGUCUUUGAGAGUGACGACGAAGAGGAUGUCUCCGAGAGCGCCAUCGAGGACGAUGACGACUCUUCUGAUUGGGAAGACUCUGUUACCGAGAGCGCCCGUUCCAGCAUGGAUGACAAGCAGAUGUUCCAGCGAGUGGAUUCGCGUCCACACCUGACCUCAAGGCGGUCCUUGUUAACCAACCUUCUUCACCAACCUCAGCGGGCUGCCGCCAUGCAAAACAUUGCCUCGCGAUCCACCCCUGCUUUGCAUCGAUCACGCACUAGCUCUCCUAACGGCCCUUCGGUCGCUGGCUCUCCUGAAGACGAGUCGGCGCUCACAAUGCGGGGCGUCGGCAUUCCUCGAUCAAAGCCCAUCGGCAUGAACACCUCCAACACUCAACCACCGGCUCUCUCUCCUCGCACCACGCGCCGCAACAUGUUGGCCACUGAGCUCACCGAGUCCCUUCGACGGCAUCUCUUGUGGGAGCGUCAGCAGAAGAGCACCACUGCAAAUGCCGUUCUCAAGCGACGACACACUGCUCAUGAUGUUGCCAAUCUCCAGGAAUAUCCCGGUCAACGGUCUGGCAGCUCCAAGGACGCCUCAAAGACUGGCUCAUGGAACCAAUACUUUGACCACGGACUUGGAGAAUAUCAUCAGAAGGGAUGGUAA